AUGGACAAGUUCAUCGAUGUCCGCUUCGACCGAGUCGAAAAGGCACUGGUCACCCUCAUCGACUCCAUUGCCAAGUACAACCCGUCGCCUGCGCUCGCCGAGGACCUGCUGGCCGCCGACCGUGAGCUCAACAGCGGUCUCGAGCAGCUGCAAACACACCAGAACAACUAUCUGCGCAUUCUGGCACUGCGCGACGACGUCGCUGCCCUCGAUGGCCAGAUCAAGUCGACACUGCUGGCGCUGGCCGCCAGCCGCCGCGACAUCCUGCAGACGCCAGCGACCGAGUUCCCCGAAGACAGCGUCAACCGCACGAUCCGCGACGAGACGAAGCACUACCCGUUUACGUACGACGAGCUCAUGUCGUAUGCGCGGCGGAUCAGCCGCAACACGGUACCGGGGCCGGGGCAGACGGACGGUUCCGAGUUCUUUGCACAGUUUGGCGGGCCAAUACCAGCCCCCGGCGCCGGCGACGGAGGAUCGGCACCCGAAACGGCAGCGCCGACACCAGCCGCGGCGCUCACGCCAGGAGCAAUUCCGGCAGGUCCUGCUUCGGCUGGUGUGAACGGCGCGGUCGGGACACCCGUGGGUGGCGGCGGUGCACCAGCGUCGCAGUCGGGGACGCCAGGCGGCGCUGGGGGAACGGGUCCCGGUACCGGAACGGGGACAGCAGCACCGACGCCAGCACCCUUUGCAAGCAGCGGCGGUGCUCCGCCGCCAGCAACAAACGUGCCCAACGUUCUGCCCGACGACCUCAAGAACUACAUUGCACCCACGGCCGGCACAGUCUUCUCACCGUGGCCGGCACCCGAUCUCAUGAUGCACGGUGGGCUUCGAGCACUGCAUGCCGCGACAGAAAGUGCGUGCCGCGAUAAACACAUCGCAUUGCCACAUCUACAAGAACCACCAUCAAAAACGCAGACACAAGCACAAACACAAGCACAACCUUCCGCACCACCACCACUACGCAUCCGGUUUGUCAGUCUCGAAGAGCAAGAGGAACAGGAGCGCUUGCGGGCACAACGCGAAGCCGAGGAGCGCGAAGAGCGCGAAGAACGGCAGCGGCAGAUGGAGGAGGCGGCUGCGGCUGCUGGUGUUGGUGCUGGUGCACAUGCAAGCUCGAACAUGGGCGGCAGCUACGGCCACGCGCCAGCAGCAGCGCCUGCACCAGCCCAGUUUGCCAGCACGCUGGACAUGGAGGAUGACGAUUAG